UCACGCUCAUUCACACUGACUCACACACACUCGUCUUCUGUUUUUGUUUUUCUCCCUACGCUUGUGGACUUACAGCGGAGAAUGCCAUAAGUUUUUUUUUUUUUUUUUUUUUGCCACAGUGGUACACCCGUUUAAUUGUGAAACCACACUCACUCACACACGCAUACAUUCAUUCUGCCACACACAUGAAGAAUGAAGUGAGAGGGGAGAGCUGGCAGCAGGACAGAGACAUUUCUCCUGCUGAGCUGGAUGCUCUUUGGAGGGAACCACCAUACACACUAGGGGGAACAAAUGAGCACUUCUCAGGAGAUGGCAUCAUGACGCAAGGUGAGGAGGAUGAGGGUCCAGGGUUGGAAUCAGGGGAAGGAGGGGUGGAGCCAAACAGUUACUGGAAGAGGAAAGAAGCCUUCCUUAGAGGAAGUACUGUCUCACUGGGAGUGGCAGAGAAAUUCUCCCCAGAAAUUUUACUGGUGUUCACUGGGCGGAGGCGGUCCAGUGAGCUUCCUGACCAGGCCCUGCAGGAGGCGCUGCGCACACGACUCAGAGUGGUGGAGAGCAACAGUCAGGAUGUCAUCCAGCUCUUUAAAGACUUGUCUGCCCGUCUGGUGUCUGUCCAUGCGGAGAAGGAUAGCUUUGUACUCACCUUCAAGACUGUGGAGGAAAUCUGGAAGUUUUCAACUUACCUAGCUUUAGGCUAUGUGGCUCGGUGCUUGGAGAACUUCCUGUGCGACCAGUCCUUCUGGCUGGACCCAGAGCUGCUCAGUGACUUGGAGAUCAAUGUACAAGUGGACGAGGAACAUCUGGCCACCCUCUACCUGGGACUGCUGCUCCAGGAGGGAUCCUUCUUUGCCAAGGCACUCUUGACCAAGAAUGAGCAGAAUGAGGAUGAGGAAGAAGAGUUAUCAUUCAAAAAAAAUGACUUGCUGAUGGUGAGGAACACAGGACAGGAUCACAUGUGGGAGGGCACCCUUCUUUCCACUGGUCAACACGGCCUGGUGCCAGUCAACGCCAUGCAGCCACUGCCAUACCCUUUCUACCAAUGGUUCCUGAUGAAGUACCCAGGCUUUGCUGGCUGCUCACCAACAGAAAAGGGGCAGUUUGAGCAUCCUAUUGUGACAGGUUCAUGUGUGGCGGUGGUGGACUACAGUCCAGUGGGACAAGAGGAGCUCCAGCUGAGCCAAGGUGACAUUGUGGAGAUCCAGGGCUUGCUCGUGCGAGGCCUGGAUGUCUUCAUAGGAACCCACUCCUCCACAGGACACACUGGCUUUGUGCACAAGUCCCAUGUUAAGCCUCUGGACACUGUUCCUCUAGACAGACAAUUGGUCUUUCUGACUGAGGAGGAGAGGGCCGCCCUGGCUCAGGUUAACCCCUGUAGCUCUGAGCCAAGUGACAGCAGCCUGCUGGAGAGACUCUUCUCCUCUGACAUUAGCUCUGUGUACAGGCUAGACAGACUGGACGAGUCUGACUUCAUGGUCAUCAGGAACCAGCCAAAGCAUGAUCAUAAGAUUCCUGUGAGUGCCCGUCAGAGCCUCAUUUCAGAGAGAAGUGGCGAGACACCCCCUCCAUACCACUCUUCCCCAAGCCCCUCGUUCUAUCACUCCUCUUCCCGUCUGUCCUUCUAUCAAUCCCACAAUCCUCUGCCACGUGAGGGAGAGCCCCUGUCCUUUGCUCUAGAUGACACAUUCAGAGAGCUGGAUGAGUUCCAGGAAGACCCUCCUCUCUUCUUGGAGGAGAACAGCUGGGAGGGAGAGGAGUCAGAGCUCAGUGACCCCACUUUGAUGCUGCUCAACCACGAUCACUUCCAGGAGGACUUCCUGCCACUGUAUGACCUACAACACUCUUUCCUGUGGGUGACCUUCAGUGGUAAGACUGAGGAAGAGUUAAUAGGGCACCUCGAGAAUAUCAGGGAAUGUGCCAAGAGGCUGGGCAUGCACUGGGCACAUCGAAGGACCUGCUUUCUCCUGGGAAGACUCUGUGCCAGGAAGCUUAAGUACUCUCAGGCACGUGUAUAUUAUGAAGAGGCUCUCAGUGUCAGUGUGGAUGGUUUCUCGGACACGCCCCUCCUCAUCGCUCUCUUCACCAACCUCACUGCGGUCUACCUGAAGCAGCGAAUGACAGACAAGCUGCCCCAGACCCUGGAGAAGGCCAGUGCCUUGCUGCUGUGUCUUUCUAACCAUAGCUUCACCUCCCUGGAUGAGGUUGAGCUACUCAAGCUGCUCCUUAGGAGGUCAGUGGUAGAGGGGGACAAACACCUGGAGGCCCGAGUCUGCUACCUCAUCUCCAGCCUCUUCCUGCUCCUCCGAAAGACUGAUGACGCUCUUCCCUUUGUUGAGCGACUCCAGUUUCUUUCAGUGACUCUUUCUGCCACAGAAGGCCAGCCUAUUGUUCCUUUGGACCUUAACUGGCUCCUGAGCUGGCUCUAUCACCGUAAAUACAUGCCUUAUCUGGCUCUGGCCUCUCUAAGCCUGGAUUCAAGACAAGACCACUCCAUCCAGGAUGCCUUCAAGAGAGUGGAGCUGUUCAUUAGGAACUCUGUCCGUCUGAACCCUCGCUGGAGGGAGGGAACCUCCCUGCUCCCUGCUCAGACUGUGGUCUGCCUUCAGCAGGCUCUGGCCAUUGCUGAGCAGGGGGAGGACCUGAAGACCCAGAGGGACUUGUGUCUGGGCUUGGCCUCAGUCUAUCAGCAGUAUGGAGCUCUUGAUAAAGCAGUGUGCUGUGCCCAACAGGCUGUGGAAACAGGGGGCCAUAUCAAUGAGGAGGAGGGCUUUGAGGCCUCUGUGUUGCUGGGGUGGCUGUUGGUGUUAACUGGCCAGGCUGAGAGGGCCCAGAACACGCUGCAGCCACUGCUCACAUCUCUCCAGGGCACAGACAGUCCCACUCAGCGGGGAGUGAUUCACAACCUCUUGGCUUUGUGUCUGAGGCGGCAGGGUCGCAUCCCAGAGGCGGGUUGGCAUCUCCACUGUGCCUUGAGAAUCUCCAGGGAGAGCGGUAACCAGAGGAACCAGGCCCUGGCACUUGCCAACCUAGGCUGCCUUGCACUGGAUGUAGGGGCAUCUGGCCUAGCAGAACGUUUCUUAGUCAGAUCCCUGGGCCUUUUUCUGGAGCUCUGGGACAGCCCCACAGAUGAGGAGCACGUUCAGACCUAUCUUUGGCUGGGGCGGAGCUACAAAGACAGGGGGAGGAGUCAGGAGGUCAGGGUGUGCUACGAAAUGGGGCUACUGAUCGCACUGAAUGCCAGAAACUUGCACAGUCAGAUGGUUGUGGCCAAGGUACUAAGUCGACUGUAUGCAGACAUGCUGCUGUAUGGCCAGAGCAUCAUCUAUUAUGAGCACUGUGUGUCAGUGGCCAGGGAGCUGAAGGACAAGAGACUGGAGGGAGAGUAUCUGGAAAUCCUCAGCAGCCUCUACCUCUCACUGAACACAGAGAAAUCAUCUCGUAAGUCUCUGGACUACACCAAGCAGAGCCUCAGGAUUUCCAUCGACCUGGGCAGGAAAGAGGAGGAGUCAGAGACCUGGCUACAAGUGGGACGCAUCUAUUACCUGAUCUAUGAGGACGAGCUAGCUGACAUGUACCUGCAGGCAGCAGUGAAGACAGCCUUGAGGAUGAAUGACCCUCACUUUGCCAUGAGCAUCUAUGAGGAGGCAGGAGACGUGUUCUUCAAAGGCCACAGGAACCGAAUGGCCUCGCUGCCCUUCUUCAGAGAUGGCAGUCUGCCAUUUGCACGGAGCAUCAGGGACAUCCAUUCAGAGUUUCGCUUGCUGAGUAAACUGACAGAACUGCUGAUGACCCAGGGAGAGCAGGAGGAGGCUCUGCAGUACGCAACACUGGCUGUUCAGAUUGGCAGCAAAACAGGCGUGCGUGUGAAUGAAAGGACAGCCUACCACCGGCUGGCUACAGUCUACUACCGCCUGGAGCAGUAUGAGAUGGCAGAAAACUACUACCUCAAGUCCUUGUCCCUUUGCCCCCCUGUCCUGCAGCACCCCAUGGAAGCUCGUUACUACACCAAAGUCUAUAUCAGACUGGGCAAUCUCACGCUACACAAACUCAAGGAUGCCUUUGAUGCAGUGGGCUAUUUCCAGCUGGCUCUGGCAGCUGCCCUAGAGGACCAUGCUAACCCUGAGGCUCUGUAUGUGGUCUACAUGAAGCUGGCAGAAAUCCAUGGCCACCACAUGCCCGAUGCUCAGCUGUGCCAAGCGUACAGAGACAGAGCCCAGAGCCUGAAGAGGGUCCUGGCAGGUCAGGUUGACCCCAAUGGGGAAGAGGAGUGGGACAACCCAGACACAGAGCCUGGACAAAGGGAGGAAACGGUCUCUGAAGCUGAUAAGGAAUGUACAGAAGGCUUUAAUGUUGUAUCUUGUACCAUGGAGGUAAGGGAUACACAGCAUGUCUCUCUUGCCAGAAACAAUCCUAUACCUGAAGAUGGGAACUGUGAGGAUGGCUCAUUUACACAAACCUGUAGGAACCAUAUACAGGCACAGCCUGGAUGUGCAGACUGUACUAUUGGAGAUGAUAAUGCUUGCCUUCCUGAUACAAAUGGAGUUUGGGCGGAUGCCACUGGGUCUGAAACCAGUCAUUCGUACACUAACAGUAAUCAUACAGAGUCUUUUGAAACAGCACAUGAACGGAUCUCAGACUCCAGUGACUCUUCUGACACUUUACAAACUGACCUGUGUCAAACAGCUGGACCACAUGGGGUCAAAGACCACUCAGACUUUGACACUGACCAGGGUAGGACUAGUGAAACUGUACCUGUCGAUAACAACAUGGGCAACAUCAUCCAUGCAGAUGGGGGACGCACAGAUAUGCAAACCAGAGAGACUUAUAUUCAUCAAGAAGAAAAUAUUCCUCCUGAAGAGACAUACGCAGAUCUUCAUAAAAUAGACCCUAUUCACAAAAAUGGCACCAUUGGGGACAAACAGUCUUAUAUUGACCAAACAGAGACUGCUAACAUGGACACUGAUAAAGCUGAUAGUGCGACAAGCACUUCCUACUACACCGGGAGAGAUAAAUCUGAGACAGCUGAUACAGAUACUGAACAAAUGUACAUAUAGCCUUCCAAUGGUGGGCUAGAUUCUGUAUUGACAUUUCCCUCUUGUUGCCUGUCACCUGAAAGGAAAACUAUUUGUAAUGUACCAAAACACAUGCACUUAUUGUUGGAACGAUAUUGUCAACACUGUUGUCAGUAUAUACUUUUCAGAGAUUUAAUAACAUUGAGGACCUGUACCUUUUGUAUAGUUCUCUAUUACAGCGCAUCAAGCUUGUAAUAUAUGUUUUGUAA